UAAUUCUGUGUGUGAGUGUGUUUUAAAACAGCCGCCAACAUUCUGAGCUCACUGUGGCAAUCUCCAGCGCAAUUAGGCCUGGAGAAGAAACCAGAUUUUGGUGGAAACAAAAUAAUUAACAUUCAUACUCCCAGUCCCUCGCCGCCGGGACAUCCGACCAUGGUCGAAACCGCCUCACCUCCCUCCGGACUAACAAUUAAACCCUGUUCCAGUCCAAUUGAGCAUCAUCAUCCGCACAUUGCCAUUCACGGUCAAAGUUUAAACGCGAACACAAAUUCCAACAGCAACAGUCCCCGAACACCUCCUAACUAUUUAACAACAGCUAUGUUGUUAAAUAGUCAAAACUGUGGCUAUCUUGGCCAGCGCCUACAGAGUGUCUUCCAAAAUCACCAACAACAACAACAGCAGCAGCGGGAACAACUCCAGCAGCAGCAACAACAACACCAGCAACAACAACAACAACAACAACACAACCAAAAUGACUGUCAGCCAACAAGUGAAGACCACAUUCACCACCACCACCGUUCAGUCACAAGUGGAACAUCUUCGGCCGCUUCCCUCUUCACCAUCGAUAGUAUCCUGGGCUCCCGAAAUGGAGUAAAUUUUAAGCGCGCCGAAAGUCCCGCGUCUCCAAGCAGUAAUAGUUCGGCAGCAACUAGCCCCAUCCGACCGCAAAGGGUACCCGCAAUGCUCCAGCAUCCUGGUUUACAUCUAGGACACUUGGCAGCAGCAGCAGCGUCUGGAUUUGCCGCUGCAGCAUCACCAUCGGAUUUUCUAGUUGCCUACCCUAACUUCUACCCCAACUACAUGCAUGCAGCGGCCGUGGCUCACGUGGCAGCUGCUCAAAUGCAGGCGCACGUAAGUGGGCACAGUGCGUUGGGGCACCACCACCAUCAUGUGGGUCAUCUGGGCCAUGGGCCGCCACCAAAACGAAAAAGACGCCAUCGCACCAUUUUCACCGAGGAGCAGCUGGAACAGCUGGAAGCGACUUUCGAUAAAACCCACUAUCCGGAUGUUGUGCUACGCGAACAAUUGGCGCUAAAGGUCGAUUUGAAAGAAGAGCGUGUCGAGGUUUGGUUUAAAAAUCGUCGAGCAAAAUGGCGAAAACAAAAACGUGAGGAACAAGAACGUCUGCGUAAACUCCAAGAGGAGCAAUGUGGAUCGUUAAAGUGUUCCCCAGAAGAAUAUUCAACACAGAUACAAAUUAAAACCGAUCCUAAUUUUAGUGAUGCUGAUGAAUCAUCUGAUUUGGAAGUUGCAUAAGAAAUAUAGAGACUUAUUUUAUUUUAUUUGUAAAUAAUUUGUAUUAAUUUUAUUUUAAAAUAAUUUAAAAAAAAUAAAUAUUUCCUUGUA